UCCAUAGAAUGUGUACAACAGUAUCUGUGAUUGUACAACUUCCCCGCCCGCUUCAAGCUGGUUUCAUUGUUCAAUAGGGUAUUAGCUGUCGGGGAGCUUAGUUGUCGGGUACGAUCAUGACAACCAGACCCCUCAUAGGCCUAUCCAGCAGGGGAUUUACUGUCGGGGAGACUAGUUGACGGUAAUGAUAUAUUUUGCCAGGGGAUUUACUGACGCCUGUGAUCAAAAUAGCGAGGAGACUAGUUGUCGGGGAGACAGGUUGGCGGCGACCCCCAAAAACCACUUUUCUGGACUCAGGGGACCUUGAAACGUAUAAAAAUUUAGAAAUUGGGGUACCUUAAUUUUUUUCGGAAAGCAAUACUUUCCUUACCUAUGGUAAUAGGGCAAGGAAAGUAAAAUACCGGUAGUAUCCAACCUAACAAAAAGGGGCUUGUAGUGUACACGAUGUUCACUUGUAGUCAUUAGUUUCAGCGAAGCAACAUAACCAGACCAUUCUCAAAUCUAGCGGGAAGUAAAUGGGAAGGUGACAAUUCAACGAAGUUUACACAGACAGAGCAAGAGUUAGUUUUGGAUAAGUUGAAUAAAUGUAUGGAAAUACCUCUCAGUAUCAAGAUCAACCAAAAGAACUUGAAAACGAUUCACAAAUUCAUUGAAGAGAACAAUAGUUUUACCGAAUUUUCUCAAUUAUACCAAUUGCAAGGAAUUGGACAAAAAACCGUAAACGAAAUAUGCAAAAAGAUAAUAAAGUCUUCAAAUGUGAAAAUCAGAACAAACUUCUUGACGCCCGAAAUUUCUUCAAACAGAAAAGAGAUGAUCAGAACAAUGGUUGGAGUAGAUGUGGGGUCUGCAUGUGUGAGUUGGACGAAACUCGACUGUCCGGAGGAUAGAGUUACGAAUUGGCAUAUGGUGGAGCUGCCCGCUGCUCAAGACAUUAAAACUUUAUUAAAUAUUCACGAUUAUGUUACUAGUUUCAUCCAUGAAAUACCGCCUGGCGACAUCUAUGUACUGGAAAGUAACAAUUGGUCCAUUCUGAGUCCACAAAUGAGCCUCAGAAACCAUGUGAGAGAUGCUCAAAUAACUGCCAUAUUGACAACUAUAUUGAACUUUAACAAAGGUUCAAAUGUAACUUUGUUUGGGAAUAAUGAUGUAUUCUUCAUGCGCAGCCUGCUGGCUACCCGCCUGUUCAGUAAGCUUAUUGGCAAUGAACGAGUUUCAUCCCAACAGUUGGUACAAAAAAUGUUUGAUGGCGAAUUUCCGGACGUAUGCACAAGGUUUGAAAUAAGUUCGAUUCUGCGCAACUUCUAUUUCUCACUAGGUAAACCUUUGCGAGAAGAUAUGUGCCAGUCAUUAUUGCUUACUUUGGCGUGUAGAGAAUUACUGCUUAAUAAUAAAUCUAUGAAGGUGAAACCAGCCAAAGAUUGAAUUGACUCUAGUCUGCUCUCGAUUUGUAAAUAAAAUAUUGUGUAUCUUUAUA